AUGGCUGGUAAGCGUUGUCACAUCCAUUUGCCGCGCGUUGCGCAGGCGUCCUCGAAAAACCCCCUCACUGACAUGCAACCAGACGAACCCCGGCGAUCAGGUCGCGCUACCAAAGGACAAUACACCAAAGACCGCGACAUCCAAGAAGAUGCUCCAAAGAAGAAAGGAAAGGAGAAGGCCUCCAAAGCCAAAGCUGUCGAGGAGGAGGAACCCGAAGAGACAAUCCGAUGCAUUUGCGGAACAUACGAAGAGGAAGAAGACGUGCCUCGAGCUAUGAUCUGUUGCGACAAGUGUGCAGCAUGGCAACAUAACAGUUGUAUGGGUCUCGCAGAAGAUUACGAGGCUGAAACAUACUUCUGCGAGCAAUGCAGGCCUGAAGAUCACAAGGACCUUCUGGCUGCCAUAGCACGGGGAGAAAAGCCGUGGGAGGAAGCCCUGAGGAAAUUCGAGGAAAAGACAAAGAAGAAAGGCAAGAAGGGCCGUAAGUCUGGUGCCGGCCGUGCCAGUGAGGUCCCGUCGGUCGCUAGUCAAGAGGUUAAGGAUCAGACACCGCAGCCAUCUUCGACUGGACAGAAGCGCAAGCUCGAAGACUCUCCCGUUGUACCUGAAGUCAAAGUAAGUCGGAUACAGGACUUUCAUAGAUCCUAUCUAACCCAUCGGCAGAACAAGAAAGCCAGAGGCACACCCGUCGCGGACACUAACACUAACGGUACAAAAUCCGCGACCCCGGCCUCAAGGCCGAGCGAGACUCCUUCGAGACGGGUUUCCAAGACCGAGUAUCCCGUCCCCUCCGACGUCAAAGAGCUUGACAAUGUGAGAAAGCAGGCUGCAACAACCCUGAUCAAGUUGGUAGAGCAACAGAUUAAGGAAGCCACAAAACAAGGCGAAUACAACCUGCCGAGCGGAUCAAGCGCUCAAAAUGUCGCAAACCAGAUGGGUCUCAACCUGGAAGCCGCACUGUAUCACAUUCAUGCAGGUGGCAGCGGAGAGCCGAACGAAGCAUACAAGGCUCAGCUGCGCUCGAUCCCGUUCAAUCUCAAAAAGAACCACGCUCUUGCAGUCCAAUUACUCAAUGGCGACAUUACCCCCCAAGAACUUGCUGGCAUGGAUCCAAAAGACAUGGCGAGCGAGGAACAGAAGAAGAAAGAUGCAGCUACCAUGAAGGAGCUGGAGAAACAACACACCAUCGUUGAGGAACAAGGCCCUCGGAUUCGACGUACACAUAAAGGGGAGGAGUAUGUGGACGAAUCAAGACAGGUAGCUGCUGAAUCCGAAUCAUCAAAUGCACCCGCCCGGCGACCCAGUGCCAUGGAGCCUGCAGAGGGAGACGCUCAUAGUCCAGACGUCAAGAGUCCUUCGGACAUCGCAGAUCGACCAAAACCGACAGUCGAUACUAAGCGCCAAUCUUCAGCCAACUUUGACAUCGCCAAAGUAUGGUCCAACGUACAAGGCUCUCCAGAUACCGAUGGCCAACGCUUCGGUGAACUACCUCAAGAGUCUCCUGGUGUAGCCGUCCGAGAGCCAGUCGGACCAGGCGCCAAAGCCGACGCGGACAUCGAUGCGCUGCUCAAAGAUGAGGAGGCCGAAUCGCCGCCUUAUUCUCCACAAGAGACUGCUGCGGCAGACGGCACGGUGUGGCGAGGAAAUAUCAACGGUGGUAAUCUUGGCCGUUUCCAUGCGAUUGCAAAGUAUGCAGCAGGCGCGACACCUGAGAGUGAUACCUUACGCAUGACGUACGAUGAUAUCUUACCUGCGGACAUCACUAUUGGUGGCCGCAUCCAACCAAGCAAGGCGGAUGAAUACCUCUGCGGUCUCGAAUACAGCAACACUUCAGACCUCGUCAUAGUCUAUAUGCCGGAACCCCAGAACUCACCCGAUCAACAAGAGUUUGAUAAGUUGUUCCGUUAUUUCAAAACGAAAGAACGAUUCGGUGUGUGUGUCCAGCAGCAGACGCCUGCCAUCAAAGAUAUCUACCUCAUCCCACUUAACAAAGGUCAAGAGCUGCCUACGUUCGUCAAGAAACUCGAGACCGACUUCCCCGACCCGGCACAAGAACGGAUGUUGCUUGUGCCGAUCGUUAUUAAGAACAGCGAGUUGCCUCAUAUGAAGGGAGUGAACCACGAUGGAUCUGUUGACAGUCCCUUGACAAGAGGUCCUGCAGUUGCGCAGACCCCGAUUACUCCACACGAGGGCAGUUUCGAGUCACAGCAUGCUUCGGCUGCUGCAUACAGUCAAUCGCCUGCUCCGGCUGGCCAGUAUGGUACAAACGGUGUGCCAAAUCAAUCCUUUGCGCCACAAGGAGCGCCGUACCCGGGAUACGGACAACAACAACCGCCGCCACCUCAGCUACCACAAUCGCCUGCCAUGGCUAAUGCACAGAAAAUCCUAGGUCCAAUGGCCGGGAGCCCAGCUGUCGUUCAGUUGUGUGCUCAGGCUCCCAAUGCGGGAGAGAUGGAGUUCAAGAUCAUCAAGGAAUGUAUUGAGAGGAACCCCGAAGCGGCUAAUCGGCUGGAUGUCCUUACAACGAUGUUGCAGGAGACCAGUGUCGCUGCUGGUGGCUCAGGCGGUUCGAUUUGA